AUGAAGAAAAAACAAUUUUUCCAAAUUGUCGAAAGUAACGAUUUGUCUGCACAGCCCGAAAAUUCGCCGCUUGAUUUGUCCACCCUGUCAGAAAAUUCGUCGGUUCAUUUAUCUGCACGGCCGGAAAAAUCAUCGCUUAAUUUGUCAGCGAAUUCCAUUGUAGACUUUAACAAAUUGGAAAAAAAAAAAAAAAACAAUUUAAGUGAAACACAACUCUCUCACAAUUCACAUGAUAUUUUUAAUAAUGUCAGUAAGAGGAAUGCACUAAAUUUCUUAGGUCUGUGCAAUAAAAAAAAAAAUGUUGAUAAUUUCCAAGGGGAAAAUGAAAGCGAAAAGGGCACUCACCAUGCACAUGUAAAAAGUGUGAACCAUGAAGUGCUUCAUACCCCUGGAAUAAAUACCCAAGGUGUAAAAUGUGAAAAUGGAGAUUUCAUAAUACCAAAUGGGGUGUCACCAUGCACGGUGGAAUUUCCUCCUAAAGAUGAGAGUGACAACAGUCGGAACAGUGCGCGCGAUGAGCAUGGCCCUAGUACACCCUUUAGCAGGGGAGAGGAUGCAAGAGAAAACCAACGCAAUAACCAUUUUUAUUGCUUAAGACAAAUUAUUCACAACAAUUUAAAUAAUAACUACGACAAAAGUGAGGUGAAAAUUUUCAACAUUUAUCAUGAUAGCAGGGCAGAGUGUUUAUUUAAUGAUGCAAGUGUAAUAAAAUUUUACGGACAUGAAAAUGUAUGCAUAUAUGAAAAUAAAAGCUACAUAUGUGAGGAAAUAAACGCCAACUUGUUCCAUCAAAAUGAGGAGAAAGAAAAGGAAAAAGAAAACAGUUUUGACGCACAUACGGAUAUUUAUGAAUAUUUAUACAAGGAAAAAAUAAAACUGAGCAGUACAAAUGGCAAAGACAAGGGAAAUUGUGAUCAGAAUGGGAUAAUGAAUGAAUGUGGCCAUCAUCACGAGCAGGUGAAACAGUGUUUCCAAUUUUAUAUGCACAAGUAUCCAUCUUUCUUGAAGGGAAAAAUAAAAAUAUUCAUACAUUUAUAUAACAUAUUUAGCAUAUAUCCCUACAUAAAUCACAAAUUUAUUGAGCAAGAAAUAUAUUCGAAGAAUUUAAAAAUUUCCUCUUCCUUUGAAAAAAUUGUGCACAUAAAAUGGCGUUUUUAUGCUGAACACGAAUUAAGAGAAAUGCUAAAUCGCGCUCUGCUCAAUAAAAAAAGGGAACACUCUUUGCAGGAAAGUUGUCUCCAUGUGGACGAUUACAUUGACGUAAAUUUUUUAACGCAACAAGUUAAAGUGCGCGAUGUGGGUUUCCCACACGAUGGUGAUCACGGGAAUAAUAAUUCCAACUACAUACUUCUAAAUGGUAACGGGCUGUGCUUUUCUGCCUACUACCAUUUAAUCGUCCCGUACCACAGGCAUAUUAACCAAAGCGCAAAGGAAAUAGACAAAAGAAAUAGUGACUACAAUUUAAGUUAUGAAUAUGUCUACCUGUCGCAGCUAUUUAAUAUUUACGAUAAUUUCCACGUGUGUUUUUUGUACCCCUUAUUUGUCUCGUACUUUUUUUAUUACCACUUAUUUUUCAAGGGGGAUAGGUGCGCGAGUGAGGUAGAUCCUCCUCCGUCUCUUCCACCUGAAGCAACAUUAGCUCCCUCAGAAAAAAAGGGUACGCAAGAGGGGGCCUAUAAGAGCACCUGCGAGGAAGUAUACACAAACCAGAUAGACGACAUAUAUGCUAAAUUGACAAAUUGUGUGAAGGAAAGCAUUUCGAAUACGCAAUGUGGGAGUUUCAAGAUAAAGGAUGGUGUAAUUGAAUUUUUAGUUCCACAGAGUUGUUACAAAAAUUGUGAGGAACCAGAAUUUCUCGCGGACAAAUCGCACCACCUACCCCUGCUGUACGUCGUAUGCAUAAGUAAGCAUGGCGUGAGCAACCGUGUCGGAGAUGUUAAUUAUGGUCUCCACCAUAGUGUUUGGAAUAGUAACAUGGCCAGAACAAGUGUAGAAAGAAAUAUGAUUACCUUCCCCGCGAACUCCACAAGCGUAAGCAGCUGUCACGUGCAUGGUCAUACACACCCCGUCCACACGAGGGAGAGUUAUUCCACUGAGGAAGGCCUUCAUAAAACAAAUCCAGACAAAGAACAGUGGACAUGGGAACUCCACGACAACAACAUAUGCCGAAAUGAAGUUAAAGAAUUCAAUAACUUAAGAACAAUUUUCCCGGAAGGUAUGAAACAUUAUUUUAACACGUGCAACAAAAUUGAUAACAUCAUAAAGGUUAGCGUAAGGAAUGAUGGUGUGUGUUUUAUGUAUGUAAGGAAUAUUCUCGGUGAAUAUAUUUUCUUUUCGUAUUUCAUCCUAUUUAACGCAUUUGAAAAUCUUGUUCACUUGAUGAAUAAGGGAAAGAACGGUCGAACUCAUAGGGAGGGACACUGGGAGGGCCUUCAUCAAAAUGGUGAAACUGCGGGGGAUAACACAACAAGUGUAGACAUACUCCAUAUGGAGCCUAUUCAACAGUGCGGGGAAUUUUAUAGCAAUGUUUUGGACAGCACCCGCGGAUGGUAUCGUCCAAACCUGGGGCGUCAUGAAAGCGAAGAAGUGAGCUUUGCAAACAUCGAGAACACAUUCGAAAUGAGUAACAUAAGCAACAUUUACAACGACUUUUACAUUUGCGAAAAUAAAAGAAUGAACACCUUUAAGCUUUUUAACAUAAUGAAUAGGGAAAAGAAAAAAAUAUUAACUGCCUACUAUUUCGAGAACAGUAAAUUAACGCCGAUUUUUUUCCUGCGAUUGUCCAACAUACAUAUUUAUGACAUAAACAGACAGCUGAAUUCUGUUUUUGAAUAUAUAAAUUACAAUAACAAAACUUUUACCCCUUUUUUAGAAAAGUACGCAAAAUACGAAAUGAAUGUUCAGUUGGAUUUGCUAGAAAAUAUGUAUAACAUUAACAACGAAUUAUAUUUGCUGUAUACAAAAAAAAUUAAUUAUUCUCAUGAUAUUUACAAAUAUAAUUACCUGUACGUACAGGAUUAUUUAUUAAAAAAUUACAUCCUAUAUUACAAUAUUUAUUUUCGGGUAAGUGAGGAAAUGAAAAAGAAUGCAUACUUCAAGCUAAAAUACACCAACAGGAAUAAGCAAACUAUAUCCGUCCACUUCACUGUUUCAUUUAAUUACGCCUAUGAUAGGGUGAAUUCUCAUUUUGGGCUCACGCCAAGUCAUUAUAUAACCCAUCUGGAGUCUGACUCUCCCCACGAACAAGUCGAUUCAGCCAAUUACAUUGUCUUUAUUAGCAAGUAUGUGCACAACAAAUACGUAAAGUGA